CGUAUAUUAUGCGGAAGGUUGGUUUGGUGGGCGAGAGAUAUAGGUGUAGUGUUGUGGUUAGAACGUGGGGAAGGGUUCAGAGCUCAAAAGGUUGAAAAAGGUUGAUGGAGAGUAGUACGUCGUUGUUUUAUGAAAGCAGGAAGCUACUGUGACUACCAUACAUACAAGCACGCAAGCAAGCAAGCCGUCGAUGUGUUGUUUUGAUUUUAAGUUAAGUGAAAAACAUUUGAUUUUGAGACAAAUUUUAAGAAGAGAGACCAACGACACAGUAGCUUUCCAAGCCGCUGCUCAGAGGUAGAGAGGUAGAUGACAUGUGAUGACACAGCUUCCACCGCUCUAACCAACAAAGCGCAGGUUACCGUUCUCAUUAGUGAUGUGCUCGUCCAAGUUAAUGCGCUCCCUCGUCCACGAGCCAUCCACGCGCUGCAAAUCGGCAACCAUGACGCUGCCAUCAACAAUCUCCCAGCGCUGGGCAGUACCGCUAAAGUUGCCCGUCUCGCCGCCGUGGAUCCAGCGGAAGCGGCCGUUGUCAUUGGUGACGUGGACAUCGAGAUCAAUGCGCGACUCGCGGUAGUUGUUGCCGCCGGCGUCGCACUCGGCGAUCAGGAAGCAGUGGUUGCCGUCGCUCCAGAGGCGGGCGCCACGCGAGCUCAUGUGGAAGUUGCCGCUGCCGCCGCGGGAGCCGCCGCCGCCGUGGUGCUGCUGCAUGGGCUGCUGCUGGUGGUACUGCGGCUGCUGGUGCUGCUGCUGCUGUUGCUGCUGGAACUGCUGCUUCUGCAUCUCCUCUUGCCGCCGGCGCAGCUCCUCCUCCUCCUUCCGCCGUUCCUCCUCCUUCUCGUGCUUCUGGUGGUGCGUGUACGCGAGCGCGGCACCGCCCAGCGCAACGCCCACGGCGCCCACCGCGCCGUACGUCAUCAUCUUCUUCCGGCGCUGGCGGUCGGGGUUGGCGCUGCGCUCGCCCUCGCUGUCGUUGUCCGAGCUGUCCGAGCUCUCGUCUUCCUUGCCGUCCCACCCGACCGAGUUGCGGUCCAUCCACUCGAGGUGCCGGGCGCGCCAUUGCUCGCCUUCGCCGACAAUGACGUCGUACGCGCGGAGCGUCUUGCAGUUGAUCUCGUCGGCGUAGAUCGUGUCUACGUUCAGCGUGUGCGCCGUCACGGACCGGUGCGGCGGCUGCGGGUACCGCGACGGAGGCAGCUCCUCCUUGUUGGCGAUCUGCGCCUUCAUGCAGGUGACGCGGCGGGCGAAGACGACGCGCGCGUUGAUGGUCGAUGCCGUCACGGAGCGGGCGUUCAGGUCGCCGCGCACCGUGUAGGUCUGACGGUGGAUGGAGCUCUGGCCGUCAUCGACGAUGGCAGAAGGGUGGUUUCCCAUGAUGGCGGUGGAGUAGGAGUGAGUGAUGGGUAGUAGUAUGUGUUGAUGUUGAUCGUUGUUGAGUUGUUGCGGAGGAGGGGCAGGGAGGAGGGGUAGCUUGGAGAUGGUGGGGGGAAGAGGGGUCAAGCAGUCCCUUAAAAGCGCCGCGAGCCCGGCGGCAGUCGGCACGGCCUACGGCAGGCUGACUCAAGGAAAGCUGAACUGGCACACGGUUAGCGUGUCGGGCGGUCGCUGGCCAGCUCAUCUGAAACGCCACCGUCCUCUAGAAGCUUCAAUAUGUGGCUGUG